UCUCAAAAUUUGGCAGCAAGCAGAGCAGCAUCCAUCCUGAUCGACCGAAGCAGAGAGGCGAUCGAUCGAGGGAGAGAUUGCAGUGCGUGCGUGCAUGGCGGCGGCGGCGAAGAGCGUGGAGGAGGAGGUGGCGGCGCUGCGGGGGAGGUUCGCGGCGGGGCGGACGCGGGGCGCGGAGUGGCGCGCGGCGCAGCUCCGCGGGCUGCUGCGGAUGGCGGCGGAGGCGGAGGCGGAGGUGUGCCGCGCCCUCCACGCCGACCUCGCCAAGCCCUCCACCGAGUCCUACGUCCACGAGAUAGCGCUGGUCAAAUCCUCAUGUGAGUUCGCCCUCAAGAAUCUCAAGAAAUGGAUGAAACCCCAAAAGGUCCAUGCUUCGCUGAUGACGUUCCCGUCAACGGCGAGGGUCACGGCGGAGCCCCUCGGCGUCGUGCUCGUCAUCUCGGCAUGGAACUACCCUUUCCUGCUGUCCAUCGACCCGAUCAUCGGAGCAAUCGCCGCCGGCAACGCCGUCGUGCUGAAGCCGUCCGAGGUGGCGCCGGCGACCUCGUCGCUGCUGGCCGAGCUGCUGCCGCGGUACGUCGACAGCACCUGCAUCAAGGUCGUCGAGGGUGGCGUCACCGAAACCACCGCCCUGCUCGAACAGAAAUGGGACAAGAUCUUCUACACAGGGAAUGGCAAGAUAGGACGCAUCGUGAUGGCGUCGGCGGCGAAGCACCUGACGCCGGUGGUGCUGGAGCUCGGCGGAAAGUGCCCGGUUGUUGUCGACUCUAACGUCAACCUCCAUGUUACUGCCAAGAGGAUAGCCGCCGGGAAAUGGGGUUGCAACAAUGGCCAGGCGUGCAUUUCUCCGGAUUUCAUCAUAACAACAAAAUCAUUUGCACCAAAGUUGCUGGAGGCUCUAGAGAAAGUUUUGGAGAAGUUCUACGGGAAGGACCCACUGCGAUCAUCCGACUUGUCACGAAUUGUGAAUUCCAACCAUUUUAACAGGCUGAAAAGGCUGAUGGAUGAUGAGUCUGUCUCCGAUAAGAUCGUGUUCGGUGGUCAGAGAAGUGAACAUCUGCUAAAGAUAGCCCCAACUAUCUUCAUGGACGUCCCCCUUGAUUCGGUGAUCAUGAAGGAGGAGAUCUUUGGCCCCUUGCUCCCUAUCAUAACGGUUGACAAGAUCCAUGAGAGCCUUGCCCUCAUCAACUCCAUGACGAAGCCAUUAGCAGCCUACCUCUUCACCAAGGACAGCAAGCUCCAGGAACAGUAUGUGGCGGCCAUCUCUGCAGGAGGGAUGCUUGUCAACGACACAGCUGUUCAUCUGACCAACCAGUACCUGCCGUUCGGAGGAGUUGGGGAGAGCGGCAUGGGAGCCUACCAUGGAAGCUUCAGCUUCGAGGCCUUCAGUCACAAGAAGGCCGUGCUGGUGCGCGGCUUCGCCUGCGAGGCGGCGGCGAGGUACCCGCCCUACUCCAUGGCGAAGCUGAAGAUCCUCAGGGGCGUCCUCAAGGGCAACCUGGGGGCCAUGAUCCAGGCUAUCUUGGGGUUUCCAAGAGGGAAAUGAAACUCAUUAUCAUACCUUCUCAGUAACAUAUAUUAAUUGGGUACAUGAUAAAUGUAUAUUGUAUAUGCUUUUCUCAACGAAAGAAACAACCCAGUGCAGUUGUGAGUUCAAAAUAAAUCUGUAUAGUAGGAUUGGCAUAAAUCUGUAUAGUAGGAUUGGCAGAUGUAACUUUAUAUGUAUGAUGACUAAGUUAUGUUGUGAUCAAGGAACAGGAUCUGGAAGCAGAUGAUCCAAAGAAACUACCAAAUAAUUCGAUUCGAUUUCGGAUAGCUGGUUAUGUA